AUGGAUGAGAUACAAGUCCAGAUCCUAUCGGAUCUCCAUUUGGAAAAGCCUUCCGCCUAUGAUGUUUUUACCGUGGACCCUAAAGCGCCAUUCUUAGCAUUGCUGGGAGACGUUGGCUAUACCAAAGACGAUGGAUUCUUUGAUUUCAUUCGCAGGCAGCUGCAAAGGUUUCAGGUUGUUUUCCUCGUCCUUGGCAAUCAUGAACCGUAUCAUAGUAAUUGGACUGAGACGAAGUCGAAAGUGCUCCGUUUCAAGGACGAUGCAGAUCAUAUGUUUCGGGAGGGAAAGAUAACUGGCAAGUUCAUUCUUCUCGACCAGACACGGUUCGAUCUCUCGGCGACUGCCACGAUUCUCGGCUGCACCUUGUUCUCUCGUGUUACCUCAGAACAAGCCGAGAGUGUCAGUUUUGGUCUCAACGAUUUCUAUCACAUUGAUGACUGGUCCGUCGAGAAGCAUAAGGAAGCACAUGUUGCGGAUCUUGCCUGGCUGAAUACAGAAAUCGAUUCCAUCUCCCGCCUAGAACCUGAGAGAAGGAUCGUUGUCUUUACCCAUUAUUGUCCUUCUACGCAUGAGAAUGUGAUCGACCCUCGGCAUCGAAAUAGCCACAUUUCCUCCGGGUUCAUGACGGAUCUAAAGAUGGAGAACUGCUGGCAACGCGACACCGUCAAACUAUGGGCUUUUGGACACACGCAUUUCAACUGUGACUUUCGAGACGCUGAAACGGGCAAAAGGGUGGUAUCGAACCAAAGAGGGUAUUACUUCACACAGGCUGCAGGAUUCGAUAGCGAAAUGAUCAUCCGAAUCUAG